AUGGCAUUUCGUCCAAGAGUUGCCCAACUCUGUCGCUCAGGCGCGGCAGGACCUAGACCGAGGUCAACACGCUCUUUAACAAGCACUGCAUCCCAAGAUAUCAGCACGCGUUGCCGAUAUCGCAUCCAGUCAACAGCAGCCGGGUUAACAGCCCUUCCACAGCAAUCAGCCUGGAACACAUUUCCAACUCACCGUUAUGCAUCCACCAAGGCAUCGGCACCGGAAGGCCAAAGCGAACCAGUGCUAGCAGGCGCCCCGGACAUAACAAACUACUACACAAUCUUCGCAAAGACACUCCCCUCAGGCCCGCCACCAGCCUCCCCUUUCGAAAUCUCGACCAGCGACCUCCGUCGCGAAUUUCUCCAGCUCCAAGGCCUCAUCCACCCAGACAAAUACCCCAAUGGCAACGAGAAAGCACACGCAGAAGGCCUCUCAGCCCGCAUCAACGAAGCCUACCGCACGUUAAUCGACCCGCUCCAGCGAGCGCAGUACCUUCUCCGCGAAUUGCACGGUAUCGAUGUUACCGCCGAGGAUGCCGCUACGAAGCAUGCGCUAGACCCAGAGACAUUGAUGGAGGUUAUGGAAGUGCAAGAGACGAUUGAGGAAGUUGGAGCAUCGCCCGAAGGCGAGGCGCAGAUCAAUGCAUUGAAAAAGGAGAAUGACGGACGUGUUGUGGAGUGCGUGCAGGCUCUAGCGGGAUUCUUCGACACGGGAGAUCUCGAGGCUGCGCGGAAAGAGUGCAUUCGUUUGAGAUUUUGGUAUAGUGUUGGGGAAGGGUUGAGGGAGUGGGAGCCUGGCAAUACCGAGAUCCGCCUGAUGCAUACUAGUUGA